UGACAUGUAUAAGUUGGAAAGAAAAGUCUCUGCGUUACUAGCCCUCUCUCUGCAAAGGUGUUUGAGCUACUGUAGAAAACAGGAUGGUGGUAGAGGUGGAGAGUUUCUAUGGCGUGUAUAUGCUGUACUGUACUAACCCGAAAUUCAAGGGUAGAAUAUAUAUUGGCUUCACUGUGAACCCAGAGCGCCGUAUCGGUCAACACAAUGCAGGACGGCAGCGCGGAGGAGCCAAGAGAACCAGUGGCAGAGGACCGUGGGAGAUGGUUCUUAUCAUCCAUGGCUUUCCAUCUGAUAUUGCAGCUCUUCGGUUUGAGUGGGCUUGGCAGCAUCCGCACACCUCUCGUCGCCUGUCCCAUGUUGCCCGGCGCAGCCGUAAAGAGUCCAGUUUGCAGUUCCACUGGCGUGUGGUGUCAAACAUGCUUCGGGUGGCGCCAUGGAAUCGACUCCCCCUCACUGUGCGCUGGCUAAAGCAGGAGUACCGGAUGGAUUUUGCCCCUGUGCUGCAGCCUCCUCUGCACAUUCCUCUAGCGUUUGGCUGUGUUCGUGCUAAGAGGAAACCGCAGCACAAGUGUGAGGAGCAAGAGGAGAGACAGGUGGAGCGGUGUGUGUUGUGUGGGGUAUUUGUUAAGGCUGUGGAUAGACUUUCUUGUUUCCACCCUUCCUGUCAUAUGGUUUGUCAUCUGAUUUGCCUGGCUAAACAGUUUCUGAAGGCAGACUCUUCCCACCUACUUCCUGUCGAGGGAAAGUGUCCUGGCUGUCAUCACUCUGUGCUGUGGGGGAGUUUAAUACGCCAUAAAAACGGCUGUUAUGGUGAUUUGGAAGAAAUUACCUCGUCCUCAUCUCAGAAUCAUUGGACAGAUGAACUACAGUUGUGAAGAAAAUGUGAUACAGCCUUUUCUGCAUUUUGAGAAGUAAUCAUUGGACUGGAUAAUGACAGCUCAUUAAGGUCAAGGCAUCUGUACAUUCUAAGAAAUGUGGAAUUAACAAGGAUUCACAGAAUGAGAUGAUGCAUUUAACUCAGUUGACCUUUUGAAAUAAAAGGAUCUUCAGACAUAUUUUAAAAUAUGAAAUAAAACAUUUUAAUUCAGCAAUAAUAAUUGUUACAGCAUUGUGUGUAAGCUCAGUCAUGAAGUUUUAAAAUGUGUUUAUUUUUUUAUCUGAAAUCAUGUGUGGUUAUAUUUAUUGGACAAUAAAUCAUUGUGUGUGUG